AUGGCUGGGCAAAGACGCUCUCGGAGCUCAUCUAAACGUAAGAGGCCAUCUCUCUCCCGCUCCACAAGAGCAGAGCUGCAGUUUCCUGUGAGCCGGAUGGACAGUCUCCUGAGGAAAGGGAAUUAUGCCCGGCGCCUGCGUUCAUCCACACCCGUUUUUCUCGCUGGCAUUCUCGAGUACCUGACCGCCAACAUCCUGGAGCUGGCAAGCAACGAAGCCCAACUCAACCACAGGAUACGCAUCACCCCAGCACAUCUGGAGAGGGCAAUGGACAGAAACCCGCAGCUCAAUUGCCUCUUGGAUGAUGCAAUCAAGUCAGAGGUUGAUGAGAAGCCCCGAUCUAAAAAGAAAUGA